CUCCCGAUCCUCGUUUCCUGCCGAGACGCGACUCGACUAGAAACAUAUAGAUUAUCGACAUCUCAUGGUUCCGGUGUGGAAAUGGCUUCGGCUCGUCGCCUAGCUAUAAAUGCCAAAUAACCAGCUAUUUGUUUUCGACGACCAAGAUAAGCCAUCCGUGUCUGCGUCAUUAUCUGGGAGUAUUGGGGAGCUUGAGGAGCAACGAGGCAGAAAAACUAUGGCACAUUUUCUGUGGCCAGAGCCGUUGUCACCCGUACAACUCAAGCGUUUGGAGGAGCAUAAAUACAGCGCCUGUGGUCGAUCCCUGUUUGAGCCACCGUUUCAGAUCUACUGGAACUGGCUCGUCCAGCAAAUACCGACAUGGAUCGCACCAAACACCCUGACUAUUACUGGGCUGCUGGUCAACAUCCUAACCACACUGGUGCUAGUGUAUUAUUGUCCCACGGCAACAGAGGAGGCGCCAUCAUGGGCCUUAAUCCUGAGUGCACUGGGCCUGUUCAUCUACCAGUCUCUGGAUGCUAUUGAUGGGAAACAGGCCCGGAGGACAAACAGCAGCUCAGCACUUGGAGAGCUCUUUGACCAUGGCUGUGAUGCUGUCUCCUCAGUGUUUGUUGCUGUGGGAGCAUGCAUUUCAUGCAGCAUAGGAAAUUACUCAAACUGGAUGUUCUUCUGUGGUUUCAUCGGCUUGUUUAUGUUCUUCUGUGCCCACUGGCAGACCUAUGUGUCUGGGACUCUUCGCUUUGGACUGGUUGACGUCACAGAGGUGCAGAUUAGCAUAAUAAUCAUGUAUCUGAUGUCGGCUUUUGGAGGCAUUAGCCUUUGGCACACCAUGUUGCCCGUCAUUGGACUAAAGCUGUUCGCCUUCCCCAUUAUGGGCCUCAUCGGAGGGGCCCUCUACUCCUGCUACAACUACUUCUAUGUUAUUUUGAACGGAGGGGUUGGCAAAAAUGGCUCCACUGUGGCUGACACAAGUGUGCUAACUCCUGGUUUGCACAUUGGCCUCAUCCUCACCAUGGCUUUCAUCAUUUUCAAGAAGUCACCCUCCCAUCUGUUUCAGCAUCACCCCUGUCUGUACCUGCUCACAUUUGGCUUGGUUAUCGCCAAGAUCUCCAACAAGCUGGUGAUAGCACACAUGACCAAGAGUGAGUUGCACCUCCCAGACACAGCCUUUAUAGGGCCCAUCCUCCUCUUCCUCAACCAGUAUUUCAACAGCUUCAUUGACGAGCACGUAGUCCUCUGGAUCGCCAUGAUCCUCUCUAUUCUGGAUCUGACAUGGUACUGUACAGGCGUGUGUCUCCAGAUCGCCUCCCAUCUACGCAUCCGAGUCUUCAGCAUCACGCCGCCGAGCAGCACAAACCGCGACUGACAGUUUGCCCGGCGGGAGGAGGCGGUGGACGUAGAUCUCUCCCCGCUCCUGAAA